AUGUCGCUACCUUUGAGCCUCUUUCUUGGUGGUUGCGUUGUCGCCAUUCCGGUCGUGACAGGUAUCGCGGAGGGCGUUGAGUACCAAAAGAAACAAAAUGAAGAGGCCGCGAACGAAACGCGCAUGAUCAAAUUCAACCUGCUUGUCAAUUGCGACUCCAAGGAUCCUAUCGCGAAGGACGAGGUUGAUUAUGGAACCGUCAUAUUGAGACACGACAAGGCCUGGGUGGUACCGCGCGACGACGACGGAAAGCCAUUGCCUCCGGACGAUAGCAAAGAGAUGAAUCCACCGAUGCAUGCUUUUGCUGGCUUCUAUAUCCAGUAUCCAGAUGAUUCAAGAUGUCCACCGGAAAGAGGACUGGUCAGCACGAUCAGUGAUGAUCCGCCAAUGUUGAACUGGGUCUAUUGUGACAAGGAUACAUAUGAGCUGAAGUACAGCAAUCGGAGUGGAUCCAUUGAGCACAUCGUAGGGGUAUGGGACUGGACACAAGAUGAACGCAUGAUGCUUUUCGAUGGUUGGGAAGGCUUCGUUGCGAUCGAUGAGUGGGAUGGAGCUGAUGAAGACAACUCUACGCCAUGGGGUCGAGAAGGAUUACGCUGGGCUUUGUACUUUGACCUGGAAGACAACGGACUGAAAGGUCGAAGAAAAGACAGGGAUAUGUUUGAAGUUGCGCUUGAAAGAAAGAUACAGAGUGCUGAAGAUCAGUUAAAGCAGCUGGAAGAAGCAGAAAAGAAGAUGCAAGUCAAGAGCAGAGGUGGACUGAGUACGCAGUUCUCAGCACCUGCACGAGAAAGAACCAAAGAGUGGGAGAAUAAGUUUGGUGAAGGAGCAAGAAGGGAAAGCGCCUCGUGA